UUCUAACAUGUAAAAGGUUUUCUCAAUUUGGAUCCGAGAGUCUAAAGUGUAAAGCACUAAAGCAGUGCAAAAGAAGAAGGGGUCAAAAUGGGAAUGAAGAUCUGAAAUUCUGAAUUCUGACUUGUGAGCCUGCCUGCCCCCUCUCCGUCCCCUGCAGCCUGAAAUGACGACGGUAUUGUACCACAUGGUGUCGUCGUCAGCCCUAGUAUCACUGGGACUAUACAACCUAAUCUCCACCACACGCAACUACCUGAAAUUCCCACACACCUACGCAGCAAAACUGUUCCACCCAUUCCCAUUCCCAACCACCACGCUCCGCCACGUGCCCAUCUACCUCACCCUCCUCUCCCUCUUCCUCUCCAUCAUCCACCAACUCAUCCUCUCCUUCUACCCUGACCCCCUUCUCAAAGGCCACACCCCCGUCCACCGCCUCACCUCCCUCCACUUCGCCACCCUCCUCUUCCUCUUCCUCCUCCUCUCCCUCCUCAUCCUCUUCUCCGACUCCCUCUCCUUCGACAACUCUCUCCUCUUCGCCCUCUCUUCCGCCCUCUUCGCCCUCCACUCCAACGCCUCCUCCACCGCCUCCGCGCUCCAAACCUCCGCCUUAGAGGCCCACUGUCUCCUCGUCUCCGCGCGCCUCUCCGCCAUCAUCUCAUUCCUCUGCCUCAUCCUCGCCGCCAUGCCCAAGCUCUUCUCCGCGGACGCCGCACUCUCCGCCUCCCUCAUUCUCCGAGGGCUCUGGACGUUCCAGACGGGGCUUUCGCUCCACGCCGAUGCCUUCAUCCCCGAAGGCUGCCACCGGCUUCUUGAUGUCGUUAAUGGCGUCGAGGGAUCCACGCAGUGUGAUCUUGAUGAGUCGAAGCUCAGGGCUGUGGCGCUUCUCGACCUCGCGUUUCUUCUUCAGGUGGUGGUCGUUGUGGUUGUUGUGUUUGCAACCUAUGUAGUACUGUACGGAAUCAGCAUUCAGGUAUCCUAUGAUGGACAUCAACAUCAUAAGUACAUAGCCAGUGGACCUGCAUUUGAGAAGGUAACGAGUGAAUCUUGCACUGUUUGUUGA